UGAGAUCGGUGACGUCAUACAGGAAGUAAUAUAGGGGCGUACGUGUGGUUUGGAGUUUCUGCUAUCGUGCUGUUGAACUGUAGCCUGAAAACUCUGGACAUUAUUCACAGAAAAACGUCGUUCCCUGUAGAGAGAUGUGCACUUUUGAUAAGGACAAAGGGCCAAGGAGGCUGAUGAGAAAGGGGUUGACCCUUAUAAUCAUCGGCCAUAUAAACUUCAUCUUUGGCGCCAUUGUCCAUGGUAGCAUUCUCCGCCACAUUUCCAAACCCAGCCAGCAAAUUUCUACUGAAUACACCGUGACCAACAUCAUCUCCGUCACCUCGGGCUUGCUGAGUAUUGCAACUGGGAUUAUUGCCAUUGUGGUGUCAAGGAACCUUAAUGUGCUCAAAGUGCAAAUAGGCCUCCUGAUUGCAUCAAUCCUGAAUGCUUUGCUCUCAGCAGCAUGUUGUUUCGGGCUUCUCUUUGCCAUUGGUGUCACAAUUGCCCACGAUGGGAAGGGUUUGAUGGUCGGUUGCAGUGACACACAGGUGCCCAUCAAUGCUCGGUCACCUGUUGGUGUCCGAUGUCCAUUUGAUACUACAAGGAUCUAUGAUACCACCCUGGCUCUGUGGAUCCCCUGUGCAGUGUUUUCGGCAGUUGAAGCGGGACUGUCAGUGUGGUGCUUCUUGGUGGGACUGGCUCUCAGGGGGCUGCCACCCUGCAAGAACAGCUACAUCAAAGAGCAGUUGGAGGAAGAGGCAGAGUGCUCUCCUCACAGCCGACGCCUGAUUAGGGAACGUGCGAAUCCCGAAGUGUAACUAAACAACAAGCACCAAGCACAUCUAAGAAGGCUAAAUCCCAAAAAGCAUGACUGCAUCUCUGCACAGACUGAACCAUUUCUUCUACAGUCAUUUAGGGUAGUGUUACUCCAGUAAUGUAGUGCAGGAAUGGAAUGAGUUUACUACAGUAGGCUGCUCACAGCUCCACUCUGUGUGCCUAAUUAUUGUUAAUUUAGUGAACACAUCACAAAAAACAAAAAAAAACCCCUCUUGACUGAUGGGAUUCAGCAUUCAUGCCAAUGUAAGAGACAAUAUAUACAGGUACAAAGUAAGAUAUAAAGAAUGAUUUCAGUCCUGUACCCCUACUUGACUGUUUGGGUUUUAAGUGUGCCAAUACAAAGAAACCUUUGUUCAUGAAGGAAAAACUAGCAACAAUGUUUUUAGAUUAACUCAAGUAUGUUUUAGCAUGUAUGCUUAUUUCAGCAAAAUAUAGCUUUUCGCAAUAUGUUUAGUGUUUUACUGUUUGUACAGAUUAAUUAAUCCACUGUGCUGCAUUUAAGAUGCCUUCAGCGGACCACAGAAAAUGAAGUCUUGCUGUUUAUGCAAAUUGGAAACCUAUGAUGAAGAUGAGUGUCUUGGGAUGGAGAACCCUAUUUGCUUGCUGAACAUGCCAUUGAUGUGGUUGUACUGUAUUUAAUAUGCAUUAUAAAGUGUUUUUAUAUAUUUUUUCUAAUUACAUUAUUAUUUGUCAGCUUUUUGCUUAAAUUCUGAGAAAACUUGGUUCAAAGAGAUUUAACCUAAAACUGUAGUGAGAUUAAAUUGAGUAUGCUUUUUUUUUUUUUUUAAAGUAAACGUUUUAUUGGUGGUCAUACAUUUGAAGUAAGCAGUAAUCAUGUUAAGUAAUGUCCAGAAUUUUUGGAAGCCCCUGCAUUUCACACACAUAUACUUUACUCUGUAUCAAUUAAACAUAAUGUGGACUUAAA